UUCUCAAAUUAAUCCCUAGUAUACUAAUUAAUUAAGCCCUCAACUAAAUACUUUUCAUUAUGGCUCAAUCAAUGAGCUUCUUCAUGGUUAUUGUUCUCCUUGCUUUUGCACCAAUUUGUUUGUCUUCUAAGACUUAUGGUGGUUAUCUAUUCCCACAAUUUUAUGACAGAUCAUGUCCCCAAGCUAAAGAAAUAGUCAAGUCUAUUGUUGCCAAGGCCGUAGCCAAGGAGGCUCGAAUGGCUGCUUCUUUGCUGAGGCUGCAUUUCCACGAUUGCUUUGUCAAGGGGUGUGAUGCAUCUCUGCUUCUUGACAACAGUGGAACCAUAAUUAGUGAGAAAAGAUCAAAUCCCAACAGGAAUUCAGUUCGUGGAUUUGAAGUCAUUGAUGAAAUUAAGAAGACAUUGGAGAAGGAGUGCCCUCAAACUGUAUCAUGUGCAGACAUAUUGGCACUAGCUGCAAGAGAUUCAACAGUUUUAGUUGGUGGACCAAACUGGGAGGUACCAUUAGGAAGAAGAGACUCCAGAGGUGCUAGUUUAAGUGGCUCCAACUAUAAUAUCCCUGCUCCAAACAACACAUUCAAUACCAUUCUUACUAAAUUCAAGUUGAAGGGACUUGAUAUUGUUGAUCUUGUAGCUUUAUCUGGGAGCCACACAAUUGGAAAUGCAAGAUGCACCAGCUUUAGGCAGAGACUUUACAAUCAGUCAGGAAACAGUUUACCAGACUAUACAUUGGAACAAUCAUACGCUGCCCAAUUGCGCGCUACGUGUCCAAGAUCUGGUGGUGAUCAAACCUUAUUUUUCUUGGAUUUCGUGUCCCCGAUGAAAUUUGACAAUAGCUACUUUAAGAACUUAUUGGCUUCAAAGGGACUGUUGAACUCAGAUCAAGUUCUUGUUACUAAGAAUCAAGAGUCGCUAGCACUUGUGAAACAAUAUGCAGAGAACAAUGAGCUUUUCUUCGAGCAUUUCGCAAAGUCUAUGGUUAAGAUGGGAAAUAUUUCACCUUUAACGGGUUUCAAGGGAGAAAUCAGGAAGAAUUGCAGGAAGAUCAAUCAUUAAAGGGGCAUGGAAGAAAUGAAAAAUCGCGGCUCUAUAUAUUGUUAUGUGUUUUCUUGUUUUUUUUUGGACAUUCUUCAAUUUUACUUUCUCAUGAAAUAUUAUCCGUGUCUCGUGGCUCACUUUCCUUUUUAAUCUAUUGUAAAAAGUUUAUUUUUCUAAAUUUAAAGUAAUUCACGUUUAACGAGAUAA